AAUAGAACCAAGUUCCAGACACUCCAGUUUCAGCCACCACCUACCGCACUCGCUAUUGACUGCUGAGAACCUUUCUUUCUCGUCUUCCUACAACUCCCUCAGACAAUGUCCCCGUCGGCCUCGCAGCGCUUCCGCGCCCCAAUUCCCACGUCCAUAGCAAUACACAUCCUCCUCAAUAACUCAUCAAGCCAGCCUUCAUUCCACUCCCGAUCGUUCAAUCCCAGCAACCAAGCCAAAUCCAAACCCCACAUCCAUGAGACACAUCCAUCAAAAGCAAAUACCCACCAACCUAGAGCACACAUAGCCAAUUCAAUUCCCCCAAAAUACGCCAACCCAGCAAGAUACAUCCCCAGCACGGGAAAAAUCCGAUGUCAGCGUGUUUCAGGGUGUCUGAGUACCGUCCUACUCCCGCCACAGCCAACAACCCCAAAGUGCGGAGAAAUAUUCAACAACGGACCGAGUCCGGAGUGGUUCAUACAUACCCCAGAGGCAAACGUCGUGAAUAGUAGCGUUAAUGCUUCCACCUGUAGUCAGAAAUAAGACCUAUCUUACCCCCUCGUACAAUACAACCGGGACCUCAUCCAGAGACCAGAUUGAGGGCUUCCAAGGUUUAGUCCGGGAGAGGGGGAAUCAGCCAUGCCGACAACCCCGAGUAGCGUGUGCUACAAUCACAGACUCCACGAGACAAUCUGCUCCGUCCUCAGCUAUAACAACAGCCACCCUUAUCCUUGCAAACAAAGUCAAAUGCG